AUGCCUCCACGACGCCCUUUGGCGCAGCGAGGCCAGAAUCGCGAACGAGACAAUCCCUCUAACCAGUCUCCCGACCGGGAUUCUGCUCAAACAUCUUCAGAAAACAUAUUUUUGUUCUGGCCCAACAUUAUUGGAUAUCUCCGAGUCAUCUUGGCCAUAGCCUCCCUCUACUACAUGCCACUCCAUCCACGCACCUGCUCUCUUCUCUACACGAUAUCAUGUCUCCUUGACGCUCUUGAUGGAUACGCUGCGCACAUGUUGGAUCAGGGAACGCAGUUUGGCGCAGUUCUGGACAUGGUCACGGAUCGUUGCACCACGACAUGCCUGCUGGUGUUCUUGGCGGCGGCGAUGCCUCGCUGGGCCUUUGUUUUCCAGGGCCUGAUUGUGUUGGGCCUUGCAAGCCACUACAUGCACAUGUAUGCGUCUCUUGUCGUCGGCGGCGUUGCAACGAGCCACAAGGACGUCGGCAAUAGCCAACACUGGCUGAUGAGGGUGUAUUACACCAACAAGCUCUUCUUCAUCGCCUGCUACCUUGUCUCCUUCUCUUCGCCAGUUGACCCUCUCUACUUGAACGCGGAUAUUGACGGAAGAGAGCAUCUCCAGACGGGGACAGAGUUUGACACCUCGCUAUUAGCCCAGAUCUUCCCCAAUCCUUCUAGCUCUGCGGCGCUGGAGAUGGCGUGGGCGAACAAAAUGAAUGGUUACCUACCCGGUGUCAUUGCCAAGAUUUGCUUUCCUUUCAUGGCCCUGAAGCAAAUGAUUAAUGUCAUCCAGUUGAUUCAAGCUAGCCAACGAUUGGCAAGGGUGGAUGUAGAGCGAAGGCGGAGAACCAAGCAAACGUAG